AUGAUGUUGGCGGUCAUGUUUGUCACCACGGCCAUGUUGGCGCUGGUGACGCCGUCGCACGCCAUCACCGCGGCCGGCACGUCGGGCCUCAGCCCCCUCGCAUCGUCGUGGCAAACCGCCUACCACUACGUCAGGGACGACUUGGAUGUGUCGUUCUCGACGACGGCCAACGUGUCGGUGGCGUUGACUAAGUACGCGGCCGGAUCGGUGGACUUUGUCAUGACCGAGGCCGUGAUCUUCAACACCACCCGGCUGUCGGCGAACUACGGCGGUUCGUUCGUGCAGCUGCCGCUCACGGCCAACGCCAUCAUCAUCGGCUACAACCUGCCGGAGCUCUACGCCAACGAGACCCUCGUGCUCAACAUCGCCACGCUGGGCCGCAUCUUCGCCGGCCUGAUCACCGUCUGGAACGACUCCGCCAUCGCCGCGCUCAAUCCGACCCUCUCGGCCCGGCUCCCCGGCAACCCGAUCGAGCUCGUCUACAAGCGCACGGCCGACGCGCUGGAGGCCGACGUCACCGCGGCCUUUGUCAAGGCCCUCGCGCACGAGCCAACCUUCGCGGCGGCCCUGGCGGCCAGCGACGGCACCCUGUACGAUAUACUCAACGGCGCCGGCUACAGCAGCGACGUGGUAGCCGACCGCCAGAGCCGGGUGAACGGGACGGCCUACACGCUGGGCUACUUCACACUUCAGAGCCAGAGCGGCCUCAAGGUCGCGGCGAUGCAGGACGCCGACGGGACCACGGUGGCGGCGAGCGCCGCGACCGUGCAGACGGCCAUGGCCUACUUCCGCGCGUCGGUCUUCAGCCGCGUGUUCGUGGCCGACAUCAGCGGCGGCGGCAACGGCAGCUACCCGCUGGCCUACCUGAGCUCGGUCGCGGCGUUCUACAAGACGGUCAACACGUCGCGCAACUGCCCCAAGAUGCGGGACAUGCUGGACUACCUGGCCUGGACCCAGGUCAACGACUACGCCGUCACGCUGGCCCAGAGCGCGAGCUACGUGGCGCUGGACAUUGCCUACCGGCGCACCCUGAUCGACACCCUGGGCUCCAUCACCUGCGACGGCCUUCGGGCCAUCACGUCGUCCUACGUCAUCGGCCUGGGCGGCCCGCUGCCGGUCUACAGCUCGUGGGUGUCCGAGUACACCGACAGCAGCCUGCGGCUCAAGUACUACGCCGGCGACGCGCUCACCGCCACCCGCUACAUGCAGUCGGGCGACAUCGACUUCGGCUCCACCGUCGUGCCCCUCAGCGCCGCCACCCUCGAGCCCAUGCCCGACGUUGUGGCCGUCAAGACCUGCGCCCACGCCUACACCUGGACCUACAACAUUCCGGCGUUGGUGGGAUACCCUCCGCUGGUGUUCUCCUGGGAGUUGGUGUCAGACAUUUACCUCAACAGGGUCAAGAUGUGGAACGACACGCGCAUCAAGGACCUCAACCCCGGCGUGGCCAACCUGCUCCCGGAAGCCGAAAUCAUCGUGGCCUACAUCACCUCCGCCCAGACGUCCGUCCAGGCCUCCAUGCAGGCCCUCAGCGCCAUGGUGCCUGAGUUCAACGAUACGAUCGGCCCGGUGUCCCUGCCCAAGUUCCCGGUGGUAGUCGAGGAGCCGGCUCGUACGCGUGGCAUCGGUGGUCUGGGGACCAUGCAGAACCUGCUGCUGAGCACGCCCAACAUCUUCGCGGCCUGGGUGCACUUCUGGACGCUCAACGGCGCGCCCACGCUCAACUUUGUGCAGCUGCCCAACGCGGCGGGCAACUUGGUCUACCCCAACGAGACGACCAUCGUGUCGGCCAUCACCAACCACAAGGGCGCAUCGACCGAUCUCUACAUCAUGCUGGCUGACGGCGCCGACAGCUACCCGAUGGUGACCUUCAACGCCUUCAUGGUCCGCACGGAGACCAUGCCCGACUACGCCAAGGCGCAGGCCCUGGUCGACUGGAUCUACUGGAGCCAGACCGACUCCAGCGCCGCCCAGAUUGCCCGCUCGGCCAACAUGGUGGUGGCGUCGCUGGCCCAGCCGGCCAAGGCCACGCUGCUCGAUCAGCUGGCGAGCGUGACCUCGGGCGGCGUGCAGGCCUUCUCGCUGGCCGGGUGCAUCUACGAGGGCACGGUCUGCUUCGACCAGGGCACCUGCGUCCAGGGCUCGUGCGUGUGCAACAGCAACCGCUCGGGCGAGUUCUGCGAGAGCGUCAAGUCCGACAGCGGCACGCCGCUGGGCACCAUCCUCGGCGCCGUGCUCGGGUCGGCCAUCCCUGUGUUCAUCCUGCUGGUGAUCGCCGCCAUCGCGCUCGGUGUCGGCUGCUGGCUGCUCGGCCGGUCGCGCGGUCACGGCCGCCAGGACUGGGAGAUCGAAGUGGAAGAGCUCGAGAUGGGCGACAUCCUCGGUGCUGGAGGGUACGGCGAGGUGUACCGAGCCAUGUGGAAGGGAACCGAGGUCGCCGUCAAGGUCAUCGCUGCCGAGGAGCGGUCCAUCUCGAAGGACAUGCAACGCAGUUUCGCCGCGGAGGUGGAGGUGAUGACAGCGCUGCGCCAUCCCAACGUGGUGCUCUUCAUGGCGGCGUGCACGCGGCCGCCGCGCAUGUGCAUCGUCAUGGAGUUCAUGGCCCUCGGCUCCCUCUACGACCUGGUCCACAACGAGUUGAUUCCCGACAUUCCACUGCCGCUGAAGGUGCGGCUGGCGCUGCAGGCGGCCAAGGGCAUGCACUUCCUCCACUCGUCGGGCAUCGUGCACCGCGACCUCAAGUCGCUCAACCUGCUGCUCGACGCCAAGUGGAACUUGAAGGUGAGCGACUUCGGUCUCACCUGCUUCAAGGGCGACCUCAAGAAGGACGCCCAGCAGCAGCAGCAGGGCAGCAUCCACUGGAUGGCGCCCGAGAUCCUGGCCGAGGAGUCCGACGUCGACUACGUGCUGGCCGACAUCUACGCUUUCGGCAUCAUCCUCUGGGAGCUGCUCACGCGCGAGCAGCCCUACGCCGGCCUCACCCCGGCGGCGAUCGCCGUCGCGGUGAUCAGGGACGACGCCCGCCCGAGCAUGCCCUCGGGCCACGUCGACCCGGACUACGAGAAGCUGAUCACCGACUGCUGGCAUCGCGACCCGACCGUGCGCCCGACCUUCCUCGAGGUCAUGACCCGCCUGUCGGCCAUGGUCGACGACGGCAACAGCUCCUCGUCCUCCUCGUUCACCUCGUCCAAGAUGCGACCGAGCGGCUCCGCGACGAGCAGUUCUUCGGGCGUGGGCUCAUCGAGCAGCAUGUCGUCGGAUGGCGUGGGCGGACGCGCGGCCGCGAUCGAUCACGUGGGCGGCGUGCGGCCGCCGGAGGGCGAGGUGGCGCUGCACCGGGGCUACGAGGCCGUCUUCCUCAAGGAGAAGAUCGUCGGCGAGGGUUCCUUCUGCAUGGCCUUCUCUAGCAUUGUCGACGCGCUCGCCUGGUGCGGCGAGGCCCAGCGCAAGCUGCUCCGGGUUGACUGGCCGGCGGAGCUGCUGGCGCAGGCCGAUGUGGCCGAGGAGAUCGGCGGCGUCGACGACCGUCUCGUGUUCCGCGGGCUGCGGGUGCGGAUGGGCGUGCACGUGGGAGUGCCCAAGCUGCGGCGGGACCCAAUGUCGCGGCGGGUGGAGUACCUCGGGCCGCCGGUGGUGGCCGCGGCCAAGGUGACGGUGCUGGCCCAGGGCGGCCAGGUCCUCCUCUCGGGCGAGGUCUACGACAAGCUGCGCAACACCGACCUGGCCAAGGAGAAGAACCGCUUCCUGCGCCUCGGCUCGAUGGACCUCGGGCACGAGCAGGGCCAGUCGGAGAUCUAUGAGAUGAAGGUGACCGAGCUCGAGCCGCGCUACUUCGGUAACUUUGGCACGGCGCAGGAGGAGAACACCGACUCGGCCAGCGGCACCGGCAAGGACCACUCGUCGAAGCUGGCCGGGCUCAGCGGCCGGAGCGACACGUCGAUGGACCUGGAGAAGCUGGCCGGCGGCACGGGCGAAGACGCCUUCCUCACGGGCGCCAACCUGGUCCGAUGGGUCAUCAAGUACGACGACAUUCAGAUCGGCGACCAGAUCGGCACGGGCUCGUACGGCGUCGUGUUCAAGGGCACGUGGAAGGGCGUCGACGUGGCGGUGAAGCGGUUCAUCAAGCAGAAGCUGGACGAGCGGCACCUGCUGGAGUUCAGGGCCGAGGUGGCGUGCCUGUCGGAGAUGCGGCACCCGAACAUCGUGCUGUUCAUCGGAGCGUGCCUGCGCAUGCCCAACCUGUGCCUGGUCACCGAGUGGGUCAAGCAGGGCUCCCUCAAAGCUCUCCUCGGCAACUCGACCAUCAAGCUCCCGUGGCAGCAGCGGCUGCGCAUGCUGCGGGACGCGGCGCGCGGAGUGCAUUACCUGCACACGCUCGAGCCGUGCAUCGUGCACCGCGACCUCAAGACGUCGAACCUGCUGGUGGACGAGUCGUGGAACGUCAAGGUGGCCGACUUCGGCUUCGCCCGCAUCAAGGAGGACAACGCGACGAUGACCCGGUGCGGCACGCCGGCGUGGACGGCGCCGGAGGUGAUCCGCGGCGAACACUACUCGGAGCUGGCCGACGUGUACAGCUUCGGGAUCAUCAUGUGGGAGAUGGCGACGAGGAAGCAGCCGUACGCGGGGCGCAACUUCAUGGGCGUGACGCUGGACGUGCUCGAGGGCAAGCGGCCGCAGGUGCCCGCCGACUGCCCCGCCGACUACAAGGACAUGAUGAUGCGCUGCUGGAAGGGCAAGCCCAAGAAGCGCCCGAGCAUGGAGGAGGUGGUCCAGUACCUCAACUCGGCUCUCGGCUCCCCCGCCACCGAUGAACUCGCCUAG